AUGCGAGUACCUCAGCAGGUUCCAUACGGUGCUGUAUGUGGUCCACCCCCACAGGACAUGAUGCAGCGUCCUCCGAUGCAAGUUCCUAGACCACAUAUGUGGACUCGCGUACCAGCACCUGUUCUUGGUGGCAUCCUUUAUGAGCGGUUGCAGACUCCAUUCGAAAAAGAAGUCUAUGAAUGUUUGGAUGACGUUAUCAGUCGAGUGUCUAUGCAUUUCGACGGACGCGACCCAGCUCGAGAAGCCUGCGAUGGGGCAACAAAUGCCUUCUAUGGGUGGUGGUCCUCAGGUCACUUAAUGGACCAACUGGAACCUCCAAGGCCGAAGAAGAAGCGAGCGCAGCAGAAGAAGUUUGAGUCGGUUGGAAUGGGAAAUGAGUACGAUUUGAUGGUGGAGCGUGUGAACACUCAGCUGCGACUUUGCGAGCAAUUGCCAAAGCGAGCCAUGGAACCCGCGCCACGAAAUCCUGGUGCCGUUUUCGCCACAAUGGGCAUUAGCGAUCUGCCUGACAGAAGAGAUAAACGAGCGUUGGUGGGAAAAGAAUUUGGCAAUCUAUCUUUGUCAUUUGUUGAUGACUACUACACCGGUAAAGGUCGUGACACGGAAUGCCUAGAAAUGCUAAGCCUUUCGAUGUCCGAUCUCGCUCCACAAGCUAACCUACCAGCUCUCACAAAUUUACCACCACCACCAAUUUACGAGAUGGUAGUGGACUCUGAAGAUGCAGCAUUUGGUUCAUUUGACCAAUGGACGGUGUUUGCUAAUUCUCUUGAUCGCCAGUCGUGUGCGAGUCAUAUGCGCGUUGCAAGCAAAAUCCCGGAGUUUACAAUUCCACUCGAACCACGCAGGAAGGUCUUCAGCAUGAAACCAGAGACUGUUGAAGAGGUAGAAGUGUCGCUGGUUGUGAAAGAGGAAACAUCGCUCCCACCAGGCACAGGUGUAGCUGCAUUAUUCGAACAGCUGAGAUCAAUUCUCGGUGUUGAACAACCGAUUGAGUAUCAGUUGGAUACACCACCUCUCUCACCAGAGCCGUCCACAAAAUCCGAAUGUGUAGACAACGUCAAGCGCGAACCUCCGGAUGCUACCCAAAAUUCUACCACUGGUGGAAGAUGCCGCGCCUGUGAUCGUAGCAUGGAAGCUGUGCUUAUACAACAAACAAUGAGCCAGCUAGGGUUGACACCGAGCGAUGACGAGAAGGACGAUACCGUUUGUUUCUGUUCAAUGAAGUGCUACUACCAGUUCGUUGCUGCAAGCAAGGUGGCGUUGUCACCCGACCAGCUUACAGCUGCCGAGUCCCACGUUGAUGAGGAAACGCUCGCAAAGCUGCGGCAAAUAAGUGCUGAAAGUUUUGCUAAGUGCAUAAACCAGGGAAAGAUGCGGAUGGAUCUCCCUGCUGCUCCGGCGGUGCCUCCCGAUGCGUUCUUGACAUCUCCUCGUGAUACCCGAUAUGUCAUGGAUGAGGGUCGACGAGACAACGUCCAGAUCAUACGAGUUGCUGACCUAGCAACAAUCCAAGAUGCAGCUCAACGGAAAGAUACUACUAGAUCUCCGGGAGAUGAUUGGAAGGCGUAUAGUCGCGAGCUGCUGCACUCUUUCUUCAAAAUUCAGCAAACCAAACAGGAGCUGGCUCUGUCGCCAAAGAUGGGUGUUGGUUUGGGAACAUCUUUCGAACUCGAUCGACGUGUAUGCGUACUCUGUGGUGGCAUUGGUGAUGGUGAUCCAGCGCUUUGCGGGCGACUACUCAAUCUGAGCGCUAACCUUUGGGUACAUGUGAAUUGUGCCAUGUGGAGCACAGAGGUGUUUGAAACGACAUCUGGAGCGUUACUUCAUGUGGAUCGUGCAAUUGUUCGUGCCGCUGGUGUUAUUUGUCAUCUGUGUGGGAGAGUUGGCGCUAGCGUACAGUGCCAUAAAGUGGAUUGCAACGUUAACUUCCAUCUUCCAUGUGCUGCGAAAAUUCAGACAGCGAAAUUCGUCAAGGACAAGACCUUCUUCUGCACGAAACAUCCAGAAAUCAGUCCUGAUGUCAUGGUUACUUCAUUGGAGGCGCUCCGACGAAUAUAUAUUGAAAGGGAUGAGAACGCCUUCUUGUCACGACUCUUCGAUUAUUCUGACUCAUGCGCGCGGCUCUGUCUACGAAUUGGUGCCUUAUGUUUCUUCCAAGUUGGACAGCUUCUCCCAGAACAGCUGAAGACAUUCCACAACGCCACGCACAUAUUCCCAAAUGGAUACCAUGUGUCUCGAUGGUUUUGGUCGCCCACUGAUGCGAGAAAGCGAGAGAUCUACAAUUGUCACAUCAAAGAUGUUGAUCAUCGUCCAAAUUUGUCGUUUCUCACGAGGGUCACACUUCCUGGUGUUGACGGAUUAUUCACGUAUACGUUCCGCCAUCCAAACAGUCCACUUCUGAUUUACCACUUGCUUCGCUCUACGCAAGACGCCUGUUCAAGCAUGGAGAACCCGAGCGCAUCGCGACUUGAACUCGUUUUACUGAUGUACUAG